UGUAACUUUUGUGCAUUUUACGUGGUUGCAUACCUUUUGGCUGUUCGAGGCGGACAAGAUGGCCCCGCCAAUGAAGAUCUAAAGAAAAUUCUCAACUCUGUCGAUAUGGAUAUCAAGGAGCUGAAGGGCAAAAGCAUAGACUAUCUGAUCAAAGAGAAUCGUGAGCAGCUAUCAUCGAUGCCCGUUGGUGGUGUAGAUGACGUCAUGAGCUUCGCCCUCUUCGAAUAA